AUGAACCGCUGGAUACUAGAGAUGAGAGAAUACCAAUACAACAUCCAAUAUGUGAAGGGAAAGUAUAACUACGUGGCCGAUCAGCUCUCUCGCCCAGUGAGGAUCAUUCAGCGAUGUCCUACUCCAAACUAUUUAGGCCUAACUUUAGAACAAAUCAAGAUUCAACAAAGGGAAGAAAUUAAGUGGAGAGACAUGAUAGAGUAUCUGGAAGGAGGGUCUAUACCUACCAAAAAGUAUCAUAAGAGUAUAUUGCACCAGUUCACCAUAAUUGAUGAGUUGCUGUACUACGCUAAGGAAAACAUUGAUGGCAGCAUUCAUUAUUCAUUGGUAGUUCCUCAGGUUCUGAUUCCUAAAGCUUUAGAACAUGCACAUGAGCUUUCUGGCCACCUGGGUCAGAAAAAGACAAUUAAAAAGGCCGAAGAAUUGUUUUACUGGUGUAAUCUCAAGUUUGACGUAACCCAUAAUCCCUCUGUGGCGGAGCUACAAACUGCCAAAGUGACAAAGAAUGAUUUAAAGUACAUGGCCCGACAGUUUGAUCUCUCAUAUCCGUCUGACAUUCGGAAGGAAGAACUCCGAACUCAAAUCCUAGUUCACCUUGGAGGUGAAGCCACUAGUGCUGCUUCACAGCACGACGCCAGUUUAAUGCUCGAACUCGAAAAGCUGAAACUAGAGGCAUUCUCUGACAAAGACCCCGAAACUUUCUUUGGACAGUUCGAGGACACAGCAGUACAUUUUGAACUGCCCCGAGAAGACUGGCCUUGGCUUCUUAAACCUAAACUCAGCCAAAAGGCUUUAACUAUUUUGAACGGCCUCGAAAACAACACGGAUUACGACUGUGUCAAACAGGGCAUCCUAGCGGCGUACUCCAUUACCACAGAAGGAUACCGUCAGUCUUUUCGAAAAAUGUUCAAAACUCCGCAACAAACCUAUCUAGAGUUUGCCUCAGAGAAACUGACGGCUCUCAAGCGUUGGCUUAAGUCAGCCGCGAUAACCACGUACGACGAAUUAGUAAAUCUCUUAGCCUUAGAAGAGUUCAUGCGUAAGCUCCCUUACUCAGUAAUGUUACACAUCACCAACAAAGAAGAAACAGAUCUUCUCAAAGCCGCUCAGUUAGCGGACCUUUUCUCCCUGGUGAAUCGCAAGGCAACCUCAGACAAGCUGACCGAGACUCCUAGUGGUAAGAUAAACUCAGGUAACUCAGGGGUUGGUAAAAUGACCGGCAGUAGUACUCGACCACCUCUAUUUUGUGCUUUUUGUAAACAGCCGGGGCACCUCAUAAAGAACUGUCCUAAUCCCAAGUGCAAGGUAGCUCAAACAUAUCCUGCCAAGCCAGUUGCUUCCAUACAAGCUCUUCCCUCCUUCCCUGUACCUAAAGACUUAUUUGAGCCUUUCAGGUCUGUAGGCACCAUCAGCAUUGAUAACAAGGAUCACCCAGUUAAGAUUGUCAGAGACACCUGUUCAGCUCAGUCCCUAGUGCUGAAGUCAGCAGUCCCUGGUAUUGAACAGUGUUACACAGGUGAAAAGGUAUAUUUAAAAGACUUCCAUGACCCCUUCCCCAUUGCAUUAGCUAAAGUACAUCUUGAUAGCCCACUAGUAAGAGGUGAAGUGAUAAUAGGAGUUAGUGAAGAACCAGCCUUACCCAUCCCUAAUGCUCAACUACUCCUUGCUAAUGACCUAGCUGGCAGUAAGAUGACUCCCCCUUUGGUAAUUAGUGACACAAUGCUGAUGGAUAACCCCACUGUACAGUUAGAAGAGCAACAACCAGGCUUAUUCCCUGUUUGUGCCACUACUCGUGCACAAGCAAGGAAAUCUGAUCAGUGUUUCUCACUUCCAAAGAAGAGCCCAUCCCCACUUGAACUCAAUCAAAUAUUUUCUGAAAAACUUCUCAUUGAGGCUCAACAGGAAGACACUACUUUGACUCAAUUUCAUGACAAGGUUAUCCCUCCAGAUCAAAUUACUCAUUACCCUGCCUUUUACAAACAGGAUAGAGUUCUCAUGAGAGUGUUCCGGCCCUCUAAGGUCCCAGAUGAUGCUGCUUGGGCAGAAGCCCACCAGGUGGUUGUGCCUACCAUACUCAGACAUUCCAUACUAGAGAUCGCUCAUGAAAGUUUUGCUGGUCACUUGGGCAUCAAGAAGACAUGUGAGAAGAUCCUCGCUGACUUUUACUGGCCAGGAUUAAGGGAGGAUGUGAAGAAUUACGUCAGUACUUGUCAUCUCUGCCAGAUAGCGGGUAAACCUAACGUAACUAUCCCACCCUAUCCUCUCCAACCUAUUGCUGUUCCCUCAGAACCAUUUCAUAAAAUAAUAAUUGACAUUGUGGGGCCUCUUCCAAAAACCAAGAAAGGUAAUGAAUAUAUCCUAACAAUUCUUGACCCAACAACUAGGUAUCCCGAAGCCUUUCCGAUACGUAAAAUCAACACCAACACUAUUGUGUCCAAGCUAAACCACUUCUUUACUACCUUCGGGAUUCCUCAAACCAUUCAGAGUGACCGAGGAACUAAUUUCACUAGCGUUCUCUUCACAGAGGUGUCAAAAGAGCUUGGUAUCGCACAAACCUUGUCUUCUGCCUAUCACCCGCAGUCACAGGGCGCUCUAGAAAGAUUUCAUCAGACACUGAAAGGACUUCUACGCAAAUUCUGUCACGAGCAGGAGAGCGAAUGGGAUGACGCACUCCCCUACAUGCUUUUUGCCAUCAGGGAAGCACCUAACGAGAGUACAGGAGUUUCCCCAUUCGAGCUCCUGUUCGUUAGGAAAGUGCGGGGACCAUUAAGGAAUAUUAAAGACAAAUUGUUAGAUUCCACUACCCACAAACUUGUCUCUGUAACUAAAUACUUGAACAACCUUAAAGCCACACUCACUAAAGUUCGCACCUUUGCUGAUAACUUACACAAAUCUCAAAAUACCAUGAAGAAACACUUUGAUCAGAAGGCCAGAGUUAGAGUAUUUGAUAGAGGUGAUCAAGUCCUUGCAUUCAUACCCACACCUAAACACCCAUUACAAGUAAAGUAUCAUGGACCCUAUGAGGUAGUGGAAAAGGUAGGAGAUAACAACUACAUCAUAAACACUCCAGACAGCCGAAAGGCAACACAGUUAAUACACGUUAAUCUCCUAAAAAUGUAUAAAUGUACAACCCCUGUGACUGGCGCCCAACCAACCCCUAGAGUAGCUUCCUGUGGUAUCAUUGAACCCCAGGAGGCUGACUCAGAGUUAAAACCUGCCUCUGUGUGUUCAUUGAUGUAUGAUAAAUGUAUUACCACUGAGAUUGACACAAACACCAUACAUCCCAAGGACACGCAAAACAACACCUACAUUAUCCAACACUUAGAUGAUCAGCUCCGUCAUCUUUCAUCCUCUCGAGCACUGGAUAUCUCAAGAUUGAUCUCUCAGUAUGACGUGUUCGGUGACCAUCCUAAAAUCUGUAAUGUCCUCCGCCAUGAUGUGAAGGUGCUUCCAGGGACCUUCCCUAUCAAGCAGUCUCCCUACAGAGUCAACCCCCGGAAACGAGAACAGAUGCAGAAGGAGGUCCAGUACUUAUUAGAGCAGGGCUUGGCUAUACCCAGCAGCUCCCCAUGGGCAUCACCCUGCCUCCUAGUACCCAAGGAGGACGGACAACUGCGAUUCUGCACGGAUUACCGACGGGUCAACGCCGUCACCAUUCCUGACGCCUAUCCUCUGCCUCGGGUAGACGACCUGAUAAUUAUAUGA